AUGUGCUCUAGGGAGAGGAGGAGGCUGCUUUUCGACGGUGACGCUACCACAGCCAUCCGCAUUAUGUCAAAGAGGAAAAAGAGGGACCCUGAAUUUUUCUUUGAAUAUGACGUUGAUGAAAAAGGCCGUCUGAGGCACAUGUUCUGGUGUGAUUCCCAGUCACAUAGGGAUUACCAGGACUACGGAGAUGUGCUGGUGUUUGAUAGCACAUACAAGAUGAAUAAAUAUAAGAUGCCAUUUGUUCCUUUUGUGGGCUUGAACAACCACCGUAGGACAACGGUUUUUGGGUGUGCCAUCCUUUCAAGUGAGAAUGAACAAACAUAUGUUUGGCUUCUAAAGACUUUCCUCAAAGCGAUGUGUCAACAGAAGCCAAAGGCAGUAAUCACGGAUGCAGAUGCCGCGAUGAUCGCCGCAAUCGGCGAAGUAUUUUCUGGUGUGCCGCAUCGCAUCUGCAGCUUCCACAUUGAAAAAAAUAUGGAGAUGCAUCUACCUAACAAGUCACUGAACGAGUUCAGGACUGUUUUGUAUUACACCACCUCAGAGCAAGUAUUUGAGGAGCGAUGGCAUGCAUUUUACAGAAAAUGGCAAUCCCCAAAAACCAGAACAUGGAUGAAGAGGAUGUACACCAAGAGGAAACUUUGGGCUGCAGCGUAUCUCUCUCAAGGAUUCUGGCUGGGUAUGAAAAGUAACCAGCGGAGUGAAAGUUUAAACUCUUGUCUGCACCUGCACCUAGAUGGGGAAAUGACAAUUGUUGAUAUGAUUAUGCACUACGACAACGCAAUUGUCCGUCUCCGUGAGAACGAAGCCCACGACGAUCGCACGGCUUCACGAGACUACACCAGUGGCAAUUACUAA